AUGACGCAUUCAGGGCAGAUGCGCCAGCGACCAACAGAAGGUCAGGUCAAGACUCAUCGUGAAGGAGCUAGCAGCGCAGUGGGCACCAGCGCCAGCAUUGCUCAGACUUCUGCCGCUCUCUCUUGGGCUUCUUUGGAGGAUCACACUCACGUAGCGUCGCUUUUGGCAGACUUUGUCAGCGAUAGGGAUCUGUUCAGCUUGCUACAGUGGGACGAGGUCGAUAGGCUGGCCAAAGCUUUGACGCGGGAUCGACGCCUGGCGAAGGCGUGCGAAAGUUGGAAACUUCGACCUGCGCAGGGCCAACAUCUGGUGAGUUUCGUCAGCACCCAAGCAUCUUCGGGCACGAUACGAAUCUGACCCGCAAGCUGGCGCGCUAUUCUUUAGGCAAAGCUUGCGCUUUGCGAUGUACAUUUCGCCCUUCCAGCGGAGCUCAAUGAUGAUGCGGCGGAAGCUCUAUUGCCUCUCUUGAGUCGCGUGUCGACCAUCACGGAUUCUUUUCUAGACGGCGAUGAUCUCCACUCGCAGGACGAAAAGCCCAGCGUCACCUUUCGUCAUGCCGACAAACGAGAGAUUCAUGCUGUGCCCUCCGAAACCGAGGCUCUCCGGUCGCUGCUUCUCAGCGGCGCGUCAGCCAGCACCUCCCGAAAUGCGGCAUCUGCACAGCCUGCCAGCAGCUCUCUAGCAAAUACCUUUAGGUCCUCUUUUGAGCAAACUUCGCUUUCGAGAGCGAAAGAUGGGACCUCAGCUCGACCGAGUCUCUAUGUCAUCGUGCUGGACAGAGUGCCGCCGGAAGGCGACGCGGCAUGCACCGAGCUUGUGCAAGCAAUAGGGGACAGCAAGGUGGAGUUGAGUCACGCUGGUGUUGGAGAGGGAGCGAUGAGUGUCGAGGUAAGUGUCUCCAGCGUGCUCGGAGACGUUUGCACCGAUGGGCUCAUCCCUCCGAGAUAUCGCACGCAUCAGAUUGUGUCCCUGGGAGGCGGGGAGCCUCUGAGGCAGUGGCUUUCGCGGACGCGUGAAAAUGGCGAUCUUCACAAGAAGCUCUUGGUCACGCAUCUGCCCGCGUCGGCCAUGCUCGCAGCAAAUUCGGAGAGCAGCUCAACUGGUCUUUCUUCGAAUAGCGUGCUGCCUUCUGCAACGCUUCUGACGAGCUUGAAGACCUUUGCCGAAGUCGAGCACAAUGCCGAAAACGCCGAGCUGCGCAGCGUGUUUGAGGCCGCGCGUCAGGCAGCGACCGGGACGUUUGAUUCGCAGCGCACGGGCCCGCCAACAGGUCCGCGAUCCGGCCGCAGAGGUGCAGCUCAAGUGGCAGGUGCGCCGAGUUCCGAUGCAGAGGAAGGAGAUCUGGGAAGCGCAUUGGCGGGCGCAAAGCUGAGCACAAAGAAAAAGGAAUACUUGUCUCGAGUUCCUUGCAAGUUCUUUCGAUCGCAAGGCUGUUCAGCUGGGGACGCUUGUCCUUUUGCUCACAUUACGCCCGGUGAACCGACGAACAAGCCUCAGUGUCAGUGGUUCCUGAAGGGAAACUGUCGCUUUGGACACAAGUGUGCUUUGUUACAUACCUUGCCAGGUCAGCCCAUUAGCGUGAGUGCCAAGGCUGAGCUGCCCUACUGUACCAAACGAGGAAUCAGCUGACCAGUUCUGGACUUUUGCCGAGCAGAUGGACCGUAAGAAUAAGCGUGCCAUACAGCAAGGGGGCAACGCUGCUGCGUUGGCUCAAUCUCACGCAAGGCUCCAAGGCGGCAUUGCAGGUGCCAUUCCCAAUCCCGACCCACGCUGGAUUCAAGGCGACUUUCCUGGACAACCCAUGGCACCGAGUGCGAGUCAAAGCAUGGACUUUGGAGCGUUGGCAGCUGCAUAUGCUGCGCAGCAGCAGCCACCACAGCCGCUCAUGCAAGACCCCUCUGGAAGGGGUCGACAUCAAGGGCACUUGUCCAUGGGUCAUCGCGAUUUCGAUUUCCCAUUUGGUGUACCGGACGACCUCCAGGGUGUGGCUGCAUCAAGUGCUGCGGCCGUCCAGCAUGAGCCAAGUCUGGGCGCAUACACACAACAGCCCGCAAGAAGAGACCUGGUCGCGGGCGAGUUGCGCAGCACACCUCCAAGGCCGCUUUCCGUGCCGCGGGCCUCUCACGGAGGCGCGGAGCGGCCGACUUUAAUGGAGCGCACGCAAGGUCUGAGCGUAGAUGGGAUGGGUCAUCUGAGUAGCCCGCCAUCCAGUCGUGCAUUCGGCACGAGUCCCUUCAGCAACGGCGGUGCUCAGAGCGUUUUCUUUUCCGGCAGCCAGGAUUCCGAGGGAGGCGCUGGACCGUUUGCAAGAGCGCCUCACAGUGCACGCAGCUUUGCAGCCGAGCCAACAUCUGCUUGGCGUAGCAGAUUCCAAAAUGGUGCAGCUGAAGGAGCUGAAGAUGGAGACGACUCUGCGCUGAAUGAAGAAGACUUUUUGCCUUCGAGCUUGUCAGACCUGCUCACGCCUGCGGAGCUCGAGCGCAGGAGAAAAAAUGUCCUCCUGGCGGCAGCGGCUGGCAAGCUGCCUGGACGGUCUUCUUCAAGCGCAUCGCGAAGCAUGCCUGCACAUCAUGGUGCCGAUCUUGGUGCCAUUUGGCAAAUGGGACUGAUGAACGGUCGUGCGCAACAGAAACUCGAAGAUGAGAUCGCAGCGCUGGAGCGCGCUGCGGCGGCCGCCGAGCAGGGCUCCGGCACGCUCUCGCAAAGUCAACUUCGAAGUCAGCUGUCCGUUCUAGCUGCCCAACAACGAUCAUUGAUGCGCCAACAGCCGCCGCAUUACAAUCAACAUUCCCAAACAACACCACGCCCGGCCAACACUCGCGCACAGCGUUCCUCGAGCAACCUGAAUCCUGCUGCCGAAUUGGCUGCCGAGCGUGAAAAGGCACCUAGCCUCUCGGAGGCCGAUGCCAGGGUUGCUGCUUUGCUGAGCACCCUCCAAGCUCAGUUUGCCUCGCAGCAAGCCGGAGCAAACAGCUACAGUCCUGGUCUUCAUGCGGCCCUUCACGCACCCGGGCAAAGCCUACCUCAGGGUCUCGCGGCGGGUUUCUCGCGACUACAUUUGGAGCAGGCGGGCGCAAAGCUGCAGACUGUGAGCGGCAGUGGCAGUCAAGCAGCGUCUGGCCCUGCCUCGCAGAUCUCGGGUCGUCAAGCAGUACCCAAACAAUCAGACUUGGGGGCCAACGACGUGCGCGGUCUGCUUGGCCGCAAGCCUUCUGCGCACGGCUCACUUGGACCCUCUGACGGCUACGACUCUGACUUGGGACCCACCGCGCCUGGCUCCUUGUUGGCUCAUCGAGCCAAUCCACUCAAUCUGGCCAUGGCCAGGUCGAUCGGAGCACAGAGCGCUCUGGGCCAGUCGUACGAUGCAGGCUUGCACGGCAGCGGUCCAGGUUCAGCACAGCACAAUGGACACUUUUCCUCCUCCAACAACUCUGUCCGACGAGCGACGCCCGGCGCGGCUUCUCCCGCUCCGCAGCAAUCUCAGGAUCAGUCGGACGGAUCGGGAAUCGCAAUACCUUCUUCUGGCGCCGCGCCUGCCUCUCCUGGAGCUCAAGCGCUGGGCGUCCCAGGCGCUGGCGCCUCUGGCAAACACUCGAGUCUGCAUCGCGUAAGAGGAGGGGCGCACUCGACGGCACAAGCCAGCCCUCUGGCUUUGCCAUUGCUGGGGGAGGAAGUCGACGAACCGCUCUUUGAGCUGGAAUGA